AUGUUUGUGUGUGGUAUAAAACCAGGUUCUAGUGAAGAGGAAGAAGAGGAAGAUAUUUUGGACAUACUUCAGAAAAGGCGGGAAGAAUGCGAACGAAAGGCAAGACGAGGGGAGAUGGACCCUCGGUUAGAGUUCACCUUCCAACUUCUAAUCGACGGCACCGGACUCCCUCGCCACGCUAUCAUGGACCACGUGUUCGAAGGAAAUAUGCUGGAUGACAUCAACCAAUUAUUUCUCCCGCACAUGAGGAAUAAAUUGCUAUGGUAUUACCAAGAUGUGGAAGAGAUAGAACAACGUCCGCUACCAGAAGGCACCAAGUCGCGACAACAAGGUCAGGGAAAACAGCCACCGCCCCUCAUCACUGUGAAGAGGAAACUCUUUCUAUCCGACGGUUGGGACGUCAAGUUUACAGGCGUGUGCAUUUAUAUGUUUCGUAUAAAUGUCAGCAAGCAAUUACCUGAGGAAGGAUUUCAUAAAGAUUUAUUCUGUGGCAUUCUAAAUGCUGAGCGAGUAGGUUUGGUGACAGCAGUGGAGCGUGUAAUGGAACACGUGUACAUGAGUGCACUGGCUCACCCCACGACCGACGUAUGCGAAGAAGUGUGCAAUCAAAUGAAUCUAUUUGACGACGGACAAGCAUUGAUGGCGAAUUUAACCGAUCAAGCGGAAUUGAAGGAAAUGAUCAAAAAUCCCAGCACGAUUACAACAUUGGAAGAAAGGGUGAACGAAUGGAUUAAAAAGAUAAUGGAGAUACUGAGCGAGAGCGAACAGCUGAGACGGGAAGUGGAUUCAAGUGGUCCUCAAGAUGAACUGGAGUAUUGGAAAAAGAGAGGAGCGCAGUUUUCUCAACUGGUCUCAUACCUACAGAACGUUGAAGUUCAACUUACCCUAACCUGCUUACAACUUGCAAACUCAAAAGUCAUUAAGACCUGGCGUGACACCGAUCAUAAGAUAACUUUCUGCUACAAUGAAGCUAAGGACAACGCUAAAUUCAUUCAAGCCAUGGAGAAAUGCUGUCAUUCUUUAUACCUGGACGAUCCUGUUAAAAUAAAAGACUCCAUACUGAGCUUGCUUCAAACGGUCAGGCUGAUUCACAGCGUUUCGCAGUUUUACAAUACAUCGGAAAGAAUAUCUUCAUUGAUGGUCAAAAUAACCAAUCAAAUGAUUGAAACGUGCAAACAAUACAUAACGUGUCGCUUCAAAGAGACGAUUUGGUCACAGGAGCGCGACUUAGUGAGAGAUAAAUUAGUACACUGCAUAAAUCUAAACAAAACCUAUCGGGAUACUUACAUAUUUGUGAAAAACCAACCUUUUCUACCAAAUACGGAACAAUUUAGUUUCUCAGAAAACUACGUGUUUGGUAAAUUCGAUACAUUUUGCAAGAGAUUAAAUAAAAUUAUUACAAUGUUUGACUUGAUGGAUGAUUAUAAUCAUUUAUUUGAGAAGCGAAUGGAAGGACUACUUUUGGGCGAAGAUCUGGAAGACGCAAUGCAUUCAUUCAACGAAGCAACGAAAGCUGUAACAUCCUGUCAGUACGAUUAUCUCGACUACAGAAAUAGUGAAUUCGACAAGGAUUAUCAAGCAUUCGAAGAAAAAACAAACAAUCUCAAAGAAUCAAUUGGAAAUACGAUAGAAGUGAAUUUUUCUAGUGUUUGGGAGACUCCGCAAGGGAUCAAAUUCCUUACAAGAUUUGAAAAGGUUAGCCAAAAAAUACAAAUUACAAAACUUAGUGAGAAAUAUGACAGAGUGUUAAAGCAUAGUGAAAAAGAAGUGGACAAAAUUAUGAAGAUGUUUAAACGACAAAAAGAAGAUCCUCCGCUACCCAGAAACUAUUCACCUGUUGCUGGCCGCAUAAAAUGGGCCCGGUGCCUGAUGUACAACAUGACGGAGACAGUGGAGAGUGUGUGCGCGCACGCGGUUCUGCGCGCGCUGCCCACUGCCGCCGACAUGAUGCGCAAGUACGCAGUCACGCGCACACUCAUAUACAACUACGAGGAGACGAUGCGUGCAGUGUGGAUGAACCAGAACCUUUGGGACGUAGAUGACAGUCUAAACAAUACCCUAUUAAAAAUAGAUGACUCUGGCCGAAUUGUCGUUAACUUGGACCGUACCAUCAAGCUCUUGAUCAGGGAAUCCGACUGUCUUGUUAAAAUGGGUCUGGAACUACCAAUAGUCUGUCACUCUUUGUAUGCAAAGAAAAAUUACUUCACUCUUGUAAACGACUCAUUACAGUUUUUAAUGGAAGAUUAUCUACGCACUGUUAGGCAAGUGAAACUAGAGGUGCGACCUUUACUCUUGCCUCAAGUGGUCCGGCUUUCCUCUCUUUUACUCCCCGGUCUUCGAACAGUGGUCUGGACUAGCGAAGAUUGGAAGGAGUUCAUUGAUCGCGCUAACGCUGCUAUAAACAGCUUCGAUGUACUAGUUACUAGAGUACAUGAUAUAUACACUAACAGAAUAAUUUAUGUGCUGUCGGGAAUGCAAGAUGUUAAUCUAAUAUCAUUGCCCGAAGAAACGCCUUGGUCUGUAGAAGAAUUUAUAGAACACGUAGACAGUGGAUGUCGAAGCGCAUGCGUCGAACUUAACAGAAAGAGUUUGAUGGUUGAGGAGGCAGUCGAAGAAGUUUUGGAUCUCGUUAAGAAAGCGGCUCAGCAAGCUAAACCUAUAGAUAUCAACCCAGAUUUUGAAUUUCUUAUUGCAGAUGAUGAUGCUCAAACAACCAGCGGGGCAGCAUCAACGUUGAACGAGUCGACGACUAGCGGGCAGCAAGACUGGUCCGCAGUUUGGGAGUGUUUCGAGAGCCCACAUAGGCUGCUCUCCAUCCCUGCUGGUGGACUCUCUAAGAGCAUGCAGGAAAUGGUUAAGAAUGCAGUGAGCGAAAUGCGUCGAUACUACAGUCGGAAGGUCAUCGACGUACUCAUUAAGGUCACAAGACGCGCCCUAGAUCUCAUCAUUAAGCAGUUCACACAAGAUGAUAAUACAAGCCUAUCAAAACGUCCUAUUUUCCUGCUGCAAGCAACCCUGUUGAUACCGAACGUAUCAGUAAAUCCCACACUGGAAGAGAUACAAGACGUCCUCGUUUUAGCUGGGAAACAAAUAUCAGGAUUAUCAAAAGGAGUCGCCCAGUGGACGGGAGGAAAACCUCCAAAGGUGGGUUGGAAGACAUUAGCUGGUCACCAAUCGAAACAGCUAUUCGAAGUAGUCACGAAGAUUGACGGACAGGUAAAUGGUACGUCGGCGCCUAUGAACAUGGCCCAAAAGUCUAUGAAGAUGGUCGAAGCUGCUAGACAGCGAAGAAAGAAAUACUAUAGAUUGGAGUCCGAAGAGAAGCCAGUAUUUCCCUUUCAGCAGAAAAACUUUUACAAUCACAUAAUGGAAAAUAAGGAAAUUAUAAAAACCCUAACAUUACUAUCCAUGUGCACAUCUCAUGUGAAAUCGGAAUUGAAUACACUUGUUAAGCGUUGGCGCCCUUACCACUAUCUAUGGAAAUGUGAAAAAACUUUACGUCAAUUACUAGCUUGGAAUCUGAAUGAUUUUGAGCUGGCAUUAAAGAAACAUAGUGAAUUAGAAACAAAACUAGGGACUGAACCCGAUGUUCUCAUUAUUGGGAAUUGUAUAGCAGUUUCAACGGAAAAGUUAAAGUUAGGACUUAAUACCGAACUUAAAAAUGGUACUUUUAAAAUAAGUCAAGCAAUGCGUAAAAAGUACAAAAGAGAGAUGGAUUAUGUAUACGCUAUAAUGAACGACUUAGAACGUAAACUGGAAAGGCCUAUACGUGAUUUAGAUGAUGUCAGGACAGUGAUGGAAACAUUGAAGAAGAUAAGAGAACAAGAAGUCGAUAUGGAAUUAAAAAUUGACCCAGUUGAAGAAGCAUUCAAUGUUAUAACGAGAUACGAGCUCCCGGUCAGCAAAGAAGAUAUGGAGCAAGUAGACAACCUAAGAUACAGCUGGCAACAAUUGCAAGCAACUGCACUCGCUUCUCACGUUCAGCUGCUGACAAUGCAACCUCAGUUUGAAGAUGACCUCCAAAAUAAUUUGGAUAGGUUCCGAGAAGACAAUGCUGAAUACUGUCAUGAGUACAGACACGCGGGACCAAUGCAACCCGGUUUAAGCCCAAGAGAAGCUUCUGAUAGAUUAAUAUUAUUCCAAAAUCGUUUUGAUGGUAUGUGGCGCAAACUACAAACAUAUCAAAACGGUGAAGAGUUAUUUGGUUUACCGCACACUGAAUAUCCAGAGCUUGCGCAAAUAAGAAAGGAAUUAAAUCUCUUACAAAAGCUUUAUAAGUUGUACAACGAUGUUAUAGACAGAGUCAGUAGCUAUUAUGAUAUACCAUGGGGAGAGGUUAACAUUGAAGAGAUUAACAAUGAGUUGAUGGAGUUCCAGAACAGAUGCAGAAAAUUACCUAAAGGUUUGAAGGAAUGGCCAGCGUUUUACGCUUUGAAGAAGACUAUCGACGAUUUCAACGACAUGUGCCCGCUUCUCGAGCUGAUGGCGAACCGAGCAAUGAAACCUCGUCAUUGGCAACGUAUAAUGGAAGUGACGAAAUACAUAUUUGAACUCGACAACGAAGACUUCUGUUUAAAAAAUAUAUUAGAAGCACCGCUAUUGCAACAUAAAGAAGAUAUUGAGGAUAUUUGCAUAUCAGCGAUGAAGGAAAAGGAUAUAGAAGCAAAGCUCCGGCAAGUAACAAACGAAUGGUCAGUCCACGAGCUAACCUUCCAAACGUUCAACAACCGCGGGGAGUUAUUACUCAGAGGAGAUACUACAGCUGAAACUAUAGGCCAACUGGAGGACAGCCUGAUGAUAUUAGGCUCCUUACUCUCUAAUCGUUACAAUGCGCCGUUUAGAAAACAAAUACAACAAUGGUUGUACGAUCUGCAAAGCACUAAUGAAAUUCUAGAAAGAUGGCUCCUCGUUCAAAACAUGUGGGUAUAUUUAGAAGCCGUAUUCGUCGGUGGUGAUAUAGCUAAGCAGCUCCCUAAGGAGGCCAAAAGGUUUUCAAAAAUUGACAAAUCCUGGCAGAAAAUAAUGCAGAGAGCACACGAAACUCCUGGGGUUGUUUCCUGUUGUGUUGGCGACGAUCUACUCAGGCAACUCCUGCCACAUCUUCAAGAGCAACUGGAGCUGUGCCAGAAAAGCUUAAGCGGGUACCUUGAGAAAAAACGUACCAUGUUUCCUCGAUUUUUCUUUGUGUCCGAUCCAGCGUUGCUCGAAAUACUCGGACAAGCGUCUGACUCUCACACAAUACAAAAUCACCUGUUGUCCAUCUUUGAUAACAUAAGAUAUGUAAAAUUCCAUGAUAUAGAAUAUAACAAAAUGAUAGCAAUAAUAUCAUCUGAGGGCGAAGAAAUUAUAUUGGAAAGACCAGUUCGCGCCGAAGGUUCUGUCGAGACGUGGCUGACAUCCUUACUACAAUCUGCUCAGAGCAGCCUACACUCUAUCAUCCGUAACGCCGUAUCUGUCAUCAACGACCCGUCGUUCAAUCUUCUUUUGUUUCUUGACAAAAUGCCAGCACAGGUUGGAUUACUUGGCAUCCAAAUUAUUUGGACCAGAGAUGCGGAGUUGGCUCUAAUGCAAGCACGACAGGAUAAGAAAAUAAUGCUAGACACAAAUAAUAAGUUUUUGGAACUUUUGAAUACCCUCAUUGAUCAAACAACGAGAGACUUGACAAAGAUUGAACGUACAAAGUUUGAAACUCUCAUCACUAUACAUGUACAUCAAAGAGAUAUUUUUGAUAUGUUGUGUCGUUUGAAUGUUCGUUCAGCUAACGACUUUGAAUGGCUGAAACAGUGUCGAUUUUAUUUUAAAGAAGAUGCAGACAGGACAUGGAUAUCGGUAACAGAUGUGGUAUUCGCUUAUCAGAAUGAAUAUUUAGGGUGUACGGAAAGGCUUGUCAUCACACCAUUGACCGAUAGAUGCUACAUUACGUUGGCGCAAGCAUUAGCGAUGAGCAUGGGCGGCGCACCCUGUGGACCAGCUGGUACUGGGAAGACUGAAACUGUAAAAGACAUGGGCAAAACUCUCGCUAAAUACGUUGUCGUUUUCAAUUGUUCUGAUCAAAUGGACUACAGAGGCCUUGGACGUAUCUAUAAAGGAUUGGCGCAGUCCGGCUCGUGGGGUUGCUUCGACGAGUUCAACCGCAUUGAGUUGCCGGUACUUUCAGUAGCAGCACAACAAGUCGCUGUUGUUCUCUCGGCGAAGAAAGAGAAGAAAAAAACAUUCCUUUUCACAGACGGAGAUAUGUCAGAAAUGUGUCCCGAGUUCGGAAUAUUUAUUACAAUGAACCCUGGUUACGCAGGCCGCAAAGAACUACCUGAAAAUUUGAAAAUACAAUUUCGCACCGUGGCUAUGAUGGUACCGGAUCGUCAAAUCAUCAUUAGAGUCAAACUAGCUUCAUGUGGUUUUCUAGAAAAUAUUACUUUAGCUCGAAAAUUUUACACAUUGUACAAGUUGUGUGAAGAGCAACUUACAAAACAGGUGCACUAUGACUUUGGUUUACGAAAUAUUCUUUCGGUAUUGCGUACUCUUGGAGCUGUCAAACGAGUAAACACUAAGGACAACGAAAGCACUAUUGUGAUGAGAGUUCUUAGGGACAUGAACUUAUCCAAACUUAUCGAUGAAGAUGAACCACUUUUUAUAUCACUAGUAGCAGAUUUGUUCCCCAAUCAAGCACUAGAAAAAACAACAUAUUCGGAUCUGGAAGAUGCAAUAAGGAAACAAGUUGACCAAAAUGGAUUAAUUUAUCAUCCACCGUGGGUCUUAAAAUUAAUACAGUUAUAUGAAACUCAACGAGUGCGCCAUGGAAUAAUGACACUAGGACCACCAGGUGCCGGUAAAACAACCUGUAUACAUACUUUAAUGGAAGCUCUUUCAGAAAUUGAGGAUCCACACAGAGAGAUGCGUAUGAACCCAAAAGCAAUAACAGCAGCACAAAUGUUUGGUCGACUAGAUGUUGCUACCAAUGAUUGGACUGAUGGUAUUUUCUCAGCAUUGUGGAGAAAAACCCUUAAACUAAAAACUGGUGAGCAUAUAUGGCUAGUAUUGGAUGGACCAGUUGACAGUAUUUGGAUAGAAAAUUUAAACUCAGUGCUGGAUGAUAAUAAGACUUUAACAUUAGCUAACGGUGACCGCUUGAAUAUGUCACCAACUUCGAAAAUAAUAUUUGAACCUGAAAAUAUUGAUAAUGCAUCUCCUGCUACUGUUUCACGAAAUGGUAUGGUUUAUAUGAGUUCUUCCGGGUUAGAUUGGGAACCAGUUUUAAAUGCAUGGCUCAAAACAAGAUCACAAAAAGAAGUUGAAGUAUUUAGUGCUUUGUUUCAACAAACAUUUCUCAAUACAUUUACUUGGUGCACUCAAAAUCUAACUUUUAGUAUGAGAGUUCUACAAAGUAACAUCGUUGCUCAAAUGCUUAAUCUACUAGAAGGAUUGGUACCGCCACAGAUUGUAGAAGUUGAAGACCCUUCUGCUAGUAAAUCUAUUAAUGGUGAUAUUGAUGAUGAGGAUGAAAAAGAAAAGGUUGAAGAAAUUGAGUUAUUUACACCAGAACAUCUACAAAAAACCUAUGUUUUUACAUUGGUUUGGGGCUUUGGGUCCCUUUUAGAGACCGACGAUAGAUUUCGUUUCGAUAAAUUCAUCAAGACCACAUAUCAAGAUAUUCUUGACUUACCAAAACAACAAAAUAAUAAAUCGAGUAUACUUUUUGAUUUUUACGUUAAACAUCCUGGCAAAUGGGUAUUAUGGGAUGAUUUAAUGACAAAUUAUAUUUACCCUGACUUAGCAACCCCCGAUUACUCAAACAUUCUUAUACCAAUAGUUGAUAAUGUUCGAAUCAACUAUCUUAUUCAUUGUAUUGCUAAACAAGGAAAAGCAGUGUUACUUUUAGGUGAACAAGGGUCUGCCAAAACUGUUAUGAUGAAAGCUUAUAUGAAAAAUGCCAAUCCAGAGCAGUUCAUGGGAAGGUCUUUUAAUUUUUCUUCAGCCACAAGUCCAUAUCAAUUUCAAAAAACAAUUGAAAGUUACGUUGAAAAGCGUAGUGGAAUGACAUUUGGCCCACCGGGAGGAAAAACAAUGCUAGUUUUUAUCGAUGAUAUCAAUUUACCUCAAAUUAAUGAGUGGGGAGAUCAAAUCACGAACGAAAUAGUAAGACAAACAAUGAGUAUGGGUGGAUUUUACAGUUUAGAGAAACCUGGUGAUUUCACUACAAUAGUUGACAUUCAGUUCUUAGGAGCCAUGGGACAACCAGGUGGAGGUAGGAAUGAUAUUCCAUCCAGACUAAAACGCCAAUUUUCAAUAUUUAAUUGUCCUUUACCUAACAAUGAUUCUAUUGAUAAAAUUUUUAAAGUUAUUGGUGAGGGACAUUACAAUGCCAAAAGGGGUUUUACUAUUGAAGUUAGAUCACUUAUAAAAAAAAUUAUACCUUUAACAAGAGAACUGUGGACAAGAACUCGAAAGAAUUUAUUACCUACUCCAGCCAAAUUUCACUAUGUAUUUUCUUUAAGAGAUUUAUCAAGAGUAUGGCAAGGUAUGGUAGGGACAUUACCUACUGUAAUAGAAUCCGAAAAAUGUUUGAUGCUUUUGUGGAAGCACGAAUGUUCGAGAGUAUUUUCUGAUCGGUUCACUCUUCUAUCUGAUAAAGAGUGGUUCAAUAACGCUCUGUACAAUAUUUCUGAGGAAAUGUUGGGAUGUGAAUACAAAAAAAUGAUGGAAACAGAUCCCGUAUUUGUGGACUUUAUGAGGGAUGCUCCUGAGCCUACGGGAGAGGAAGGUGAAGACGCAGAUAUGGAACUCCCAAAAGUUUAUGAACCUGUUUUUGACUACCCUGAAUUGAGAGACCGACUAGAAAUGUUCCUUUCUCAAUUUAAUGAAAUGGUUAGGGGAUCUGGAAUGGACCUUGUAUUUUUUCCUGACGCCAUGUUACACUUGGUAAAAAUAUCAAGAGUAAUACGACAUCCCAGAGGAAAUGUGAUGUUGGUUGGUGUCGGAGGUUCAGGAAAACAGUCAUUAACAAAGUUAUCAACUUUUAUAGCAGGAUACCGAUCCUUUCAAAUCGCGUUGACAAGAUCAUACAAUGUAGGCAACUUUUUAGAAGAUCUAAAGUUACUUUAUAGAUCAUGUGGCGUCCAAGGAAAAGGCACAACAUUCAUAUUUACUGACUUAGAUAUCAAAGAAGAAGGAUUUUUGGAAUACCUAAAUAAUAUAUUGUCUUCGGGUGUAAUUUCAAAUUUAUUUACAAAAGAUGAGCAACAGGAAAUCAUUUCAGAGUUAACGCCAAUUAUGAAACGUGAAAAUCAGAAACGAACUUUAACUAAUGAACUAGUGAUGGAAUAUUUUUUAAACAGAACCUGUCAAAAUCUACAUGUAGUUUUGUGUUUCUCUCCUGUAAGCGAGGCUUUUAGGUAUCGAGCUUUAAGAUUUCCAGCACUUAUUUCCGGCUGUACAAUUGAUUGGUUUCAACCAUGGCCAAAAGAUGCUCUUGUAUCAGUAGCUGACCAUUUUCUUACAGAUUUUGAAAUAGAAUGUACUAAAGAAGUUAAAAAGGAACUCGUUACCGUACUUGGAACAAUUCAAGAUGUCGUGUCUACAGUUUCUACUGAAUAUUUUCAAAGAUUUCGACGCUCAUCACAUGUUACUCCUAAAUCAUAUCUUAGUUUUAUAGGUGGGUAUAAGACAAUAUAUCAGAUGAAGCAAAAAGAAUUAGGUGAUGGAGCUCUGAGGAUGGACACUGGUUUGGAAAAAUUGCGAGAAGCGUCAAUAUCAGUUGAAGUAUUAAAGAAAGAUUUGGCUGUGAUGGAACAAGAUUUGGCCUUAGCUUCAGAAAAAGCAGACCGAGUUCUUUCAGAAGUCACAGAUAGAGCAAUGCAAGCAGAAAUUGUAAAAAACCAAGUUCAAAUAGUUAAAGAAAAAGCCGAAGCUUUAGUAGCUUUUAUUGCAGAAGAAAAAGAAAAGGCAGAGAUGAAAUUAGAAGCAGCUAAACCAGCACUGGAAGAGGCUGAAGCUGCCCUUAAUACAAUUAAACCAGCACAUAUAGCCACUGUCAGGAAGCUAGGACGCCCACCACAUCUAAUUAUGAGAAUAAUGGAUUGCGUCUUGAUUCUUUUUCAACGUCGUUUACAUCCUCUCAUACCAGAUACAGCAGCUCCAUGUCCGAAGCCGUCAUGGGCAGAAUCUCUUAAAAUGAUGGCUAGUACUACGUUUCUACUUCAGCUGCAGAAUUAUCCAAAAGAUAUUAUUAAUAAUGAAAUGGUAGAACAUCUUACCCCAUAUUUCGAAAUGGAGGACUACAAUAUGGAUACUGCUAAACGAGUGUGCGGCGAUGUAGCCGGUUUGCUAUCCUGGACUAAAGCUAUGGCAUUCUUUCAUAGUGUGAAUAAAGAAGUUUUACCUUUGAAAGCAAGCUUGAUGUUACAAGAAGCAAGGUUAAAGGUGGCCAUGGAAGAUUUAGCUUCAGCGGAAAGGCAGUUAGAAGAUCGUGAAAUGUCUUUAAGAAAAGUGAAGGAGCAGUACGAAGCUGCUGUUUCAGAAAAACAGCAGCUGACAGACGCUGCAAAUGUAUGCCUUAGAAAAAUGACAGCAGCAACUCAACUAAUUAACGGUCUUGGGGGUGAAAAAAUUAGGUGGACCCAACAAAGUAAAGACUUUAAAGAACAACUUGGUAGGUUGGUAGGAGAUGUCGUUUUAGCUACUGGAUUUUUAUCUUAUUGUGGUCCUUACAAUCAAGAGUUUAGAAACAGUUUAUUUAAUACCUGGAUGGAAAUACUAAAAAGUAAAAAAAUACCCGUAACGGACAAUCUUAACAUAACAAAUAUGUUAGUUGAAAAUGCUACGAUAUCGGAAUGGACACUCCAAGGUUUGCCAAACGACGAUCUAUCAGUACAAAAUGCAUUAAUUGUCACUAAAUCUAGCUCAUACCCACUUUUAGUGGAUCCUCAAAGUCAAGGAAAAAAUUGGAUAAAAAAUAAAGAAAGCUCAAAUGAGCUACAAAUUACAUCAUUAAAUCAUAAAUAUUUCAGAACUCAUUUAGAGGAUAGUUUAUCUUUAGGAAGACCACUAUUAAUAGAAGAUGUUGGUAUUGAAUUAGAUCCAGUAAUAGAUAACGUACUUGAGAAAAAUUUCAUUAAAUCUGGAUCAAUUGAAAAAGUUAUUGUAGGUGACAAAGAAUGCGAUGUUAUGCGUGGUUUUAUGCUUUAUAUUACUACUAAGCUACCAAAUCCUGCUUACUCUCCUGAAAUUAGCGCUAAAACGUCUAUAAUUGACUUUACUGUUACUAUGCAAGGCCUUGAAGAUCAACUGCUUGGUAGAGUAAUAUUGAUGGAAAAAUCUGACCUGGAAGAAGAACGAGUGGCUUUAUUCGAAUCUGUUAUGAAAAAUCAGAGGAGCAUGAAAGAACUAGAAAGCAAUUUACUUUGCCGCUUAACUUCUUCUGAAGGUUCUUUAGUAGAUGAUGAAGCUCUUAUACAUGUGUUACAAGUGACAAAAUCGACAGCAGAAGAAGUUAAUGAAAAAUUAAAAGUAGCAGAAGUUACUGAAAAAAAGAUUAUCAAAGCAAGAGAAGAAUUCAGGGCAGUAGCGGCAAGAGGUUCUAUAUUAUACUUCUUAAUAGUUGAAAUGAGUAAUGUUAAUAUUAUGUAUCAAAAUUCACUAAAACAAUUUCUUACUAUAUUUGACAACUCUAUAACCAAAUCUACCAAAAGUAACGUUACAGAAGAACGUAUUAUUAUUAUUCUUAAAUACUUAACGCAUGAAGUGUGGGCUUUCACGUUACGCAGCUUAUAUGAGAGACACAAAUUGUUGUUUACUCUUAUGUUAGCCAUGAAAAUAGAUUGCCAACGUGGACUUAUUGCUCAUGACGAGUUUAUGGCAUUUGUAAAAGGUGGUGCUUCUCUCGAUUUGAAUGCAGUUACGCCUAAGCCCUUUAGAUGGAUAUUAGACAUAACGUGGUUAAAUUUAGUUGAACUAAGUAAAAUAAAAGUAUUUUCUGAGGUUUUAAAUAAGAUUACGACAAAUGAAAAGGAAUGGCGUGUUUGGUACGAGAAAGCAAAACCCGAAGAAGAAGUUAUUCCCAGUGGUUACCAUGAUAGCCUGGAUGUUUUUCGAAAACUUUUACUCAUUAGAUCAUGGAGUCCGGAUCGCACCCUUUCGCAAGCAAGAAAGUACAUCGUUGAUUCACUAGGUCCUGAAUACGGCGAGGGAAGAAUUCUUAACUUGGAAGCAACUUGGGAAGAAUCAGAACCUCGCACUCCACUCAUUUGUAUCCUAUCCAUUGGAUCUGAUCCUUCUGCACAAAUUGCAUCACUAGCAAAACACAAAGAAAUAGUUCUAAAAGCAGUUUCCAUGGGCCAAGGUCAAGAAAUCGUAGCUCGUAAAAUGAUAUCUGACUCAAUGAGUGACGGAGGUUGGGUUCUCUUACAAAAUAUUCAUUUAUCGUUGCCUUUUUGUGUAGAAGCUAUGGAUGCAUUAAUAGAAACAGAACAUAUACAAGACACAUUCCGUUUGUGGCUCACGACAGAAGUACAUACUGACUUUCCAAUAGGCCUUUUACAAAUGGCCAUUAAAUUUACCAAUGAACCCCCUCAGGGAAUUAGAGCGAGUAUGAAAAGAACAUAUCAAAAUAUAACGCAGGAUACGUUAGAUUAUUCGUCUUUAUCCCAAUGGCCACCUCUUUUAUAUGCAGUAGCAUUUUUACACACAAUUGUACAAGAAAGAAGAAAAUUCGGUCCACUUGGAUGGAAUAUACCUUACGAGUUCAAUCAAGCCGAUUAUGCUGCAAGUGUACAGUUUAUACAAAACCAUCUAGAUGAAAUAGAUCCAAAGAAAGGUAUUUCGUGGCCCACGAUUUGUUACAUGCUUGGAGAGGUCCAGUAUGGUGGAAGGGUAACCGAUGACUUUGAUAAACGGUUAUUGACAACCUUUACCAAUGUAUGGUUCUGUGAUGUUUUACUAAGACCGGGCUUUGAGUUUUACAAGGGAUAUAAAGUACCUCAAACACGAAAUUUACAGGGAUACGUAGAUUAUAUUACUCAAUUACCAUUGACGGAUACACCAGAGGUGUUUGGAUUACAUAGUAACGCCGACAUAACAUAUCAAAUAAACAGUGCUAAAGAUAUAUUAGACACUAUACUGAGUGUACAACCCAAGGAAGGUGGUUCACAAGGCGGGGAAACUAGAGAAAGCAUAGUAUAUCGCUUAGCUGAAGAUAUGUUAGAGAAAUUGCCAAAGCAAUAUAUAAGCUUUGAAGUACGAGAUGCUCUUCAAAAAAUGGGCGCUUUUCUGCCAAUGAACAUUUUCUUAAGGCAAGAAAUAGACCGAAUACAACGGGUUAUUAAAACAGUUUUCACGACACUCUGCGAUCUGAAAUUGGCUAUUGACGGAACAAUUGUUAUGAGCCAAGCGUUACGCGAGUCUCUAGAUGCUAUGUAUGACGCUCGAAUUCCACAACAAUGGUCAAAGGUUUCUUGGGAAUCAGCUACUUUAGGAUUUUGGUACACAGAGCUGUUAGAACGCGAGCAGCAGUAUCGUGCUUGGUUACGAAAUGGCAGACCAACUGCCUUCUGGAUGACAGGCUUUUUCAAUCCCCAAGGUUUUUUAACCGCUAUGAGACAGGAGGUGACUCGCAGUCACAAAGGCUGGGCCUUGGACUCCGUAGUGCUCCAGAAUCAUAUUACCAAGCUGAAUCGAGAGGAAAUUCACGAAGGACCUACCGAAGGUGUCUACGUACACGGACUUUUUCUGGAAGGAGCAUCGCUUGACAGAAAAUCAGGGAAGCUGAUCGAGUCCAAACCUAAAGUCCUGUACGAACAAAUGCCUGUAAUAUAUAUAUUUGCUAUCAAUACAACCGCGGGGAAAGAUCCGCGACUUUACGAGUGUCCAAUUUAUAGGAAACCGCAACGUACUGACGCUAAGUACAUCGGCUCCAUAGAUUUUGAAACUGAUAGUAACCCUCGCCAUUGGACAUUGCGUGGCGUUGCCCUACUGUGUGAUAUUAAAUAAAAUAUAUUUAAA